UCGAUGCGAGCGCAUUCCCUACGGUUUUAACUUUUUUACAAAAUGGCGGUUUGGAGCAUGGAAGCCGUUUCCGAGUUCAUCAAUUUACUCCGCGAACAUCCGUGCCUAUGGAAAGUUAGAAGCAGGGAUUACACGGCCCGGCACAAGAGGAAUAUGGCUUACGAUGAACUCGUAAAAUACUGCCGAACUAUAGGUUUCCCGUCGGCGAAUCGUGAGUUCGUCACCAAGAAAAUACAGAAUUUGAGAGGUGCGUUCCGCAAAGAACUGAAGAAGGUACUAGAAGCGCGGCGACAGAAUGUGGUCUACCAACCGUCGCUAUGGUACUACGAACAGAUGAUGUUCAUACGAGACCAGGACGCGAACACUUCUAACGCGACAGACGACGACUAUAUAGAAGCUGACGUGGAAAUUCUCCAGGAAUCUGACUACAACGCUGAAUAUUCGAGCGACUACAAGGAGCAGUUUAAGACACCUCAGCCUACGCGCACGCCGCUGAAAUCUGAGAAAGUAACAGUGGAGGUAUCACCCGCAAGAAGUUUCAAGAGGAAAUUCCGCUCGAGCGUAGUCGACAACCAAUACAUAUUCCAAAAAAGAUUCAUGAGCGCGUGCACAGAGGCGUUGAAGAACAAAAAAGAACUAUCGGAAUACGAGGCCUUAUCCGUGACCUUUGCUAAGAAGUUGGAAAAAAUGCACGCCACACAGGCCUUGUACGCCGAGGCCAUAAUACAUUCCGUUCUACGCAAAGGCCUUCUGAAUCAGCUGACAGAAAUGACAGAUGUUUGUGACAAACAGUGUAAUAAGGUGCUGUCAUCUUCACAAAAUCCGUCGUCGUCGGUAGAACGCAGGGCACCUAAGAUGGAGAGCGUGGUAGAUGAUGAUGAUGAUGAUGAUCCGCUGAUAUAAUAUAAGAUGAAGAAGUGAGAGAACUAUAAUAAAGACGUUAGAACUGUGUGUUUAUAAGGCAUAAUAUCAUAAGUAUAGGUAAAAUAAUUGUGGAUACAAGUUUAAAAAUACGUUAAGUGAAUUUUAAAUAAAUAUUUUUUUG